UGUUGCACAUGCGAGCUCGCCCUGAGGGAUUGGCACACAGGAAGGAUAAAUUUAUAAAAUCGUGAGAAUCGAGAGGACCGAGUGACGGAUAAGAUCGGUCAACUUGCUUUUCGCGGCGGAGAGAAAUCGGAUCCGAGUUGUCGAGAGAGAGAACGGGAGAGUUCGUCGCGAUCCGAUAACACCGGGAUUCGAGCAUCGUACGUCCAGGUCCAGCUGUUAUGGACAUGGUGAUCACGAAUUUGCAACAGCAACGUCAAGUGACGGAGCAGCUGCGCCGCGAGGCCGCCCUGAAGCGGAUCACGGUGAGCAAAGCCGUCGAGGACAUCAUGAAGUACAUCACCGAGCACGAGCAGGAGGACUGCCUGCUGGUGGGCUUCUCGUCGCAGAAGUCCAAUCCCUUUCGUGAGAAAAGCACCUGUAUCGUACUUUAAGCCCGCCUGCUUGAAGUAAGGAUGGGGCGGCGGAGGAGGGACGAAUGACAAAUAUCACUUCUGCAUCUUUGCGAUCGCGCGCGUUGAUUUGUUAUGGCAAUAAGUAUAUACGAUUGUAUAGGAUCUAAGUAAUUUUCUAUAUUUAAAUUAUUUUAUGACACAUAUUUAUAUAAGAUUGUUGAAGAAUGGGCGAAAAAUUGAAUUUUUCUACCGUAACAUUUGCCGCUAGAAAUGCACAUUUUGCAUAAGGUUUGUAAGAUUCUCAAGACAGUUGUACAAUCUCAUGCGAGCUGUGCAGGAAUUUGCACGUGCCUUAGCCUCUUGUGGCCUGAUCAGAAUUACUUGUAACUGUAGUAGAUAUACUUCAAUAGAACAAUGUAUUUUGAUAUAUGCAUAUAUAAGUGUUAUAUAUUCAUAUGCAUUUAAAUCAUAUGCUAUCAGUUUGGUGCCAAGAAUAAUUUUAUCUUUAUCUAGAUUAGUAUUAUCCUAAAUAAAAUUAUAAUGGAUGUAAUUAGAAGUAACAAUUUUGACAAGUAACAUACAACAAGUAACAUAUUUUGACAAGUUUUCAAAUAACAGAAGAUUAAAUAUUGUCAAAUAAAAUUAACAUAAAUUUUUAUGGUUUAUAUUGCACAUUGAUUGCAAAUUAGUUUCUUCAAUUAAGUGCCUAUAUCAAAGUUCAAGACUGACAGUAAUGAGAUAAUAUAAGGAUAAUAUCAAAAUAAUUUAUUUUUGAAAAGCAAGAUUUCAAUACACAAUUUCACAGAUACAAGUGCAUUUUUAUUGUGAAAUAAAAUAUGCAUUUAAAAACAA